AUGGCUAACUCUUUCCCAGUGAUCUGCUUGCUUUUAUUCUUCAUCCUGAUGCAUUAUGUGGCACUUUCUGGACAUCAAGAAUGGUGGCCACCAUGUGGACCUUUUAAGGUAAAAUGUCCUUAUAAGAAAGUAGACUUGAGUUGGUACACUGGCACAGUAAACCCUUACCCAGAUGUAUAUCAACCCAUCUGUGGCACAGAUGCCCACACCUAUGACAACCCAUGCACCUUGUGUAUUGCGAGCAUGUGA